UGAUGGCGGAACGAGAGCCGGAUCCGAAGGCUCCUCCGGGUCUCCAUCUGCUUUCCGCUUUCCUGGCCAUGGAAACCACCGAUACUGUGCUCAGUUUAGCGAGGGAAUGUGGAGGAGGAAAGAUUACAGAUGAAGUGCAAACAUUCAUUUGUAAUGAGUGUCUAGAUUUCUCUAUUGGAAAAGGCAAUGAAUACAUGAAGAAGUUUUUGAAGAAGAUUAUUACAGAGGUUGAGUCAAGAAAUGGGUAUGUGUUGGAUGAUUUAUAUGAAGAAUAUGUUCCCUACAUGACUUCUUCCAAGGAUUUUAAUUUGUUCAAAGAAACUGGGAGGGUCCUCAAACGCAUUUCUUUUCUUUUUCUUGCUGAUUGUGUUGAACUCUCGAGUUGUCCAAGUUCAAGGACUCUAGUGGUCCAGCUGCAAUGUUCACUCAACAUGCUUGAGGGAGAUACAGGGUGUUCGAUUUGGCCCUCCAGUCUUUUCCUAUCAGAGUUGAUACUUUCUUUUCCACAUAUUUUCUCAGGGAAAUCAUGUUUUGAGGUUGGAUCGGGUGUUGGUUUGGUUGGAAUUUGUCUUGCUCAUGUAAAAGCCUCCAAGGUGAUGUUAAGUGAUGGCGACUUGUCAACUUUAGCUAACAUGAAGUUUAAUUUGGAGAUGAACCACAUCAAUACAGAAACUGAUUUGCUAGAAACAAGUACUGAAAAUCCAAAAUCGGUUAAAUGCAUUCAUCUGCCUUGGGAAUCAGCAUCUGAAAAGGAACUCCAAGAAUUCAUACCAGAAAUUAUUCUAGGCGCUGAUGUUAUCUAUGAUCCAUCUUGUCUUCCACAUCUUAUUCGACUACUGGCCAUUCUUUUGAAUAAAAAGAAGUCAUGUGACAAGAAUCAGGAAGGAAGUUCCCGGAACUCUUCAACCGAAGUCAUAUGUGCAGAUGGUAAAGUAAACAGUGCCAGCCAAGGACAAGUUCUCAAUGCCCAUGAUUCAGAUUCAUCUAGUUCUCAUGCUUAUGACAUCCAUAUCACUGGAGUCAACAAUGCUGCCAGUCUUGGAUCAAGGACAGACCCAGUUGCUUACAUUGCUUCUGUCAUUCGGAACAUCGAUACAUUCAAUCAUUUUCUUGCACUAGCAGACCAGGCUGAUCUUACAAUCACAGACCUAACAAGUACACUAAGGCCCCUUGAUUUGCUUCCUUAUAUGAAGUCAUACGAUCGUUCAAGCAUAAGGUUGUUUACUGUUACAUCUAAACUUUUCAUGCACUGGCUUUUUCUGUUUUCACCUAAACGAGGUUGGUUUCUACUUAGGCCAUCAUUGCAGUUUAGCUGCGAAAUGGGAGACCAAAAGCAAGAAGAAAUUGAGGUUAUCCACUCAUGGUCUGCUCCGAGAUCACUCAGUACUAGUCUGAUGUACUCUUUUGCUCAGAGGGAUGACAUAGAAGUGCUGGAUGAGCCACUCUAUGGAACUUUUCUAAAUGCGACCGGUGUUGAAAGGCCCUACCGUGAAGAGCUUCUAUCUAAGAUGGAAUGCAAUGGUAAUAGAGUUGUGAAAGAGAUAAUUUACGGUCCAGGAGGAAAGAAGUAUCGUUUUUGUAAGCAUAUAGCAAAGCAACGGGUUCCUGGUUUGCCAAGUGACUUGCUGCAGAAAGGGAAACACUUUAUACUGAUAAGAAAUCCCCUUGCUGUACUGCCAUCCUUUGACAAGGUAGUGCCUCCAUCCAUUCUUGAGUUAGGUUUGGGAGAACUAGUUUCCAUAUACAGUGAGCUUUGUGCAUUGGGAAAGCCCCCACCUGUCAUUGAUGCGGCAGACCUUCAACAAAAUCCCGAGGCUACUUUACGUGGUCUUUGUGAAGAUUUAAAUAUUCCUUUUCAAACUGCAAUGCUCAGAUGGGAAGCUGGUCCAAAACCGAUAGAUGGUCUUUGGGCUCCGUGGUGGUAUAAAAGUGUGCAUAACUCGACAUGCUUCACACCCACAAGAAAGUACCCUAGGGCAUUUCCUUUCUCAUUUUAUGACUUGUUGGAGCAAAGUCUACCUUUCUAUAACAUGCUUAGGCGCCAUGUGAGGCAUACAUCAUCCCUUCUAAAAUCCCCCUUACCUGUUCCUGAUCUUCCGGUUCCUGAAAAUGAGAAGCUGCUGGCUUGGGUUGGUGAUGAGAUUGUACCUCGUGAGAGUGCAAAGGUUUCAGUGUUUGAUUCAGUUGUUCAAGGUGGUGAUGCUGUGUGGGAAGGACUUCGAGUUUACAGUGGAAAGAUAUUUAAGCUUGAAGAGCAUUUAGAUAGGAUGUUUGAUUCUGCAAAGGCUCUGGCUUUCAACAAUGUUCCAACUCGUGAUGAGAUCAAAGAGGCUAUCUUCAGAACUCUCAAUGCCAAUGGAAUGUUUGAUAAUACACACAUUCGACUAACACUUACUCGUGGGAAAAAGGUUACCUCUGGGAUGAGCCCGGCAUUUAAUCUUUAUGGCUGCACUUUGAUUGUGCUUCCUGAAUGGAAACCCCCUGUUUAUGACAAUGUGAGUGGUAUAACACUGGUUACUGCUACUACACGACGUAAUUCUCCAAAUAAUUUGGACUCGAAGAUUCACCACAAUAAUCUUUUGAAUAAUAUACUAGCGAAGGUAGAAGGGAACAAUGCAAGUGCUGGUGAUGCGAUCAUGCUUGACAAGGAUGGUUAUGUAUCCGAAACAAAUGCCACAAACAUUUUUUUGGUAAAGAAAGGCCGUGUUUUGACACCUCACGCUGAUUAUUGUCUUCCAGGGAUUACUCGACAAACUGUCAUGCAGCUUGUUGUCAAGGAAAAAUUUGUCCUAGAGGAGCGAAGAAUUAGCUUAUCUGAGUUCCAUACAGCAGAUGAGGUAUGGACUACUGGAACAAUGGGAGAACUCAGCCCGGUUGUAAACAUUGAUGGGCGCAUCAUUGGUGAUGGGAAAGUGGGGCCUGUUACUCGAAGAUUGCAACAUGCUUACAAAAAGCUGACAGAAGAUUCAGGAGUGCCUAUACCAACCAACAAUGAAUCAUGAAUAAUAUUAUUUUGAAGAAGGUCAUCGUUACCAUUUACCAACGGGCAGCGCAUCUCAAGAUGAAUAUGAGUUAGGAUUGCUUCCGGAGCCAUCAUUACUAGAGAUUUUGGAUGCAUGACUCUUGUUCAGUAUGAAAAUGGGUGUUCUCUUGUUUGUUAUUGGCAAGAUACUUUUGGUGUGGAGCAACCUCCAGAUAAAUAAUGCAUUCAAUAAUUGUGAAAACCCCUUGUAUCAGUCCUCUGUCAUGAAUUAUAUCAUCAAUUUCAAUAAUAUGCUCUAAGAUAUCUAUCUUCA